UUGACCUUUUAUUUUUCUUUACCUUUCCCUUGCUUCCUUUCCUUUCUACCCACUAUUCUCUCCCUUUUUGGUAAGAGAAACAGGACACUCUUUCUGUUCUGCUAUCCCCUUCAGCUUAGAUUCUCAAACCACCAUGUCACUGCAACUGAGACUACCAUGCCUGAUGAUGACCCUUCUCCUCUGCAUUCUCUUCCCUUCCUCUCUGAGCCUCCCUGAUCCUGACUCAGCAACAACAACAACCCUGAAGCCAAUUUUCACAACCCCAUCUAAGCCAGCAACAACAAUCCCUGCAUUCCCAGAACAAUCUGGUAUAGCAGGGUGCCCUCUUGCUCUGUCAGAUGAGCACUUUGAUGGUAUUAAGACUGCAUGCGCCGCCACCAAACGUGGCUCCGACACGGCGGAGCUCCACCGCAGCAGGUGCUGCCCGGUGCUAGCAGCAUGGGUUUACUCUGCUUACUCUGCCACUGCCUUAGGGAAGUUAAGCCAUGGCUAUGGCCAUAGCCACACCACUUCAUCAUCUUCUGAGAUGCCCCUGUUGCCAGAUGACUCAGAAACCUGUGUGAAUGGGUUGGAAAAGGCUUUGAAAGUGAGAGGGAUUGAGCUGGCUAAACCCAAUGAGACUUGUGAUGCGGUGUACUGCUACUGUGGCAUUAGGCUGCACCCUUUGAGCUGCCCUGAUGCAUUUUCUGUUGCCAAAAGUGGGGAGCUUGUUGGGGAUGCUAGUGUGAGAAGGUUGGAGAAGAAUUGCUUGAGUAGAAGCACCAAUGUCAAUGGCUUCCCUGGUCUUGGAGGGUGUACUAAAUGCUUGAAGAGCCUCCAUUUGCUUAACAAGAAGACUUCAAAUUCAAGCAAAGCAGAAGACAGGACCACCAAGAUCCACAACAAAGAUUGUGAGCUCAUGGGCUUGACAUGGCUUCUGUCGAAGAAUCGGACAGCUUAUAUUCACACAGUUUCUGGGGUUCUUCGCGCUUUGUUGAUGAACACUGGUGGCUCUGACCCACGUUCCUGCACACUAAAUAGUGAUGGAAUGCCUCUAGCUGUGGAUUCAUCUGAAAUCUCUGGUCACUCUUUAUCAACCAACCUCCAACCACCCAUUUAUCUUUGUUUGUUAUUACUUAGUUUGCUAUUAUGUAUGUACUUCACUGUGUUAUUCUCCUAACUAACUCCAAUCAAAACAAAAGGAUUGAUCUCAAACAUGACAUUUUGUAGACUAAAAAUUACUAGCGGCACAUUUUUUUGAACACACUCUUGACCACACUUUGUGAUUGAUUUGUUUUUUAUAAAGUCAACACAUUUUUUGCAAAUUGAUCAAUUUACAAAGCUAGAGUGUUGACAUUUAAAAAAAUAGAUAAUCAUAAAGUGUGUUAAAGAGCAUGUUCAAAAAGAGUGUAUUGCUAACACUUAUUUUGUAGAUUUGGUUCCCUCUUUUUGGUGUUUGUGUAUGUAAUUUUAUGUAGUUAUUGAUUGAAAUAGGGUAAGGUGUUUGACACAAUAUGUAACUGUUGUUAUUUUUGUGUUUGUGAAUGUAAUUUUGCUAGUUAUUGAUGGAAAUAGGGUAAGGUGUUUGGUACAAAA